AUGGGACAAAAUGUUAGUAUGGUUCAUAAGUUGGAAGAACAAUUAUCUAAGUCUUUUAACAUGAAAGAUUUAAGUCCAACAAGGCAAAUUCUUGUUAGUAGUCCACUUGUCAAAAAUUUUAAUUUGAGUAAAAAAUCUUAUCUGAUGACUAAAGAAAGAGGAAGAUUCACUGAGAAAAUAGCAGAUGCUAUUGAGAAAAGUCAUAUUUAUGAGAAUGUGGUAGAUAUGUUGACUAAGAUACUUCCUAGAAAAAAGCUUAAGCUCUGCAGUAACUCGGCCAGAAUAGGUUUCUUGGGUAAGAUAUUGUUAAGAAUAUGUGGGAUCCAACCCCAUGAUAUCGGUCCAACAAAUAAGACGUUUUGCCUUAGUUUGGGAAAGCUUAGAGACGUCUUAUAUGAUGCUAAAGAUGUGCUUGAUAAAUUCAGGUGUGAAGUGCUGCAAAAAGAGUUGAUCAAUCGUGGAAGCACCACCACCAAAUUGGUACAAUUCCCUGCCCUCUCUAUUCCAUUUGCAUUCCCUUUAAGGAUAAGUCAUAAAAUCAAAAGAAUCAAUGAAAAGCUAGAUACGAUUGCUAGUGAUUUCAAAAAAUUUAAUCUUAGACUUGAAGAGAAAGUUCAGAACCGACAUGUUAGUCUUAGAGAUGCCCACUCCUUCGUUAUACCCUAUAAUGUGAUGGGUCGAAAUCAAGCUAAAGAAAACAUCAUAGAUGUCUUUCCCUUGAAAAUAUGGGUGUACGUGUCAGAUGAGUUUGAUCUUGCUAGGUUGCUUUGUGAUAUUAUUUACUCCAUUACAGAGGAAAGAUGUAAUGGCUUACCAGUUAAUGCAUUGCAAACUCAUUUGCGAAUGCUUUUAAAUGGUAAAACUUUUUUGCUUGUUUUAGAUGAUGUAUGGAACAAAGAUCAUGUAAAAUGGAUGGAACUGAGAGAUUUACUAAUGACAAUGGGUAACUUUCAACAAAGUAAAAUUAUUGGGACUACACGAAGUUCAAAAGAAGGGGAUGAGAAAGUUUACCGAAACCUUAUGAGAAUUGGUGACGAAAUUGUGAAAAAAUUCAAAGGGGUUCCAUUGGCGGUGAGAACUUUAGGGAGCUUACUCUACAUGAAAAUUGAGCUUCAUGAAUGGGAAUUUAUAAAAGAUAAUGACAUAUGGAAACUUAAUCAAAAUGAAAAUGACAUCCUACCUAUGCUGAAAUUGAGUUAUAGUCAUUUGCCAUCUCAUUUGCAAAGGUGUCUAACUUAUUUGUCAUUGUUUCCAAAGGACACUAUUUAUGAUACUGAUUACAUCGUCCAAUUCUGGAUGGCCAUUGGACUUAUUGAAGGCCCUAAGCAAAACGAAGAGUGA